AUGGCAUCCUCUGCUUGCACCAGAGCCAUCUUCCCUUCAUCCUUCACCGCUUCUUCUUCUUCUAAUUCAGAAUCAAAGUCAAAACUUUCUCAUGUCUCGUUCAUCAACACUACCUCCUCCAUACCCAUCUGCCGAAAACUCUCCCAUGCUUGCUCCUCCAAACGCACCUUGGUGGUCAACAAUGUGUUCAAAACAGUUAACCCGACAAAAACCUCUGGUGGGAGCUCCAAGUCCGAGGAUGUUGCGUCUUUGGGUCAAAAACCGACCAUCUUGGUCUCCGAGAAACUUGGAGAGGCGGGACUUAAGGUAUUACGCGGUUUCGGGCACGUGGAAUGCGCGUAUGAGCUCUCGCAGGAGGAGCUCUGCUCCAAGAUCUCGUGCUGCGACGCUUUAAUUGUGAGAAGCGGAACCAAGGUGACGAGGGAAGUGUUUGAAGCUGGAAAAGGGAGGUUGAAGGUGGUGGGAAGAGCCGGUGUGGGCAUUGACAACGUGGAUCUGCAAGCUGCCACUGAAUUUGGCUGCCUCGUCGUGAAUGCUCCCACCGCCAACACUAUUGCUGCUGCCGAGCACGGCAUCGCUCUCCUCGCCGCCAUGGCCCGCAACAUUGCCCAGGCUGACGCCUCCACCAAAGCUGGAAAAUGGCAGAGAAGCAAGUAUGUGGGAGUUUCUAUGGUUGGAAAGACAUUAGCGGUGAUGGGUUUUGGAAAAGUUGGAUCUGAAGUGGCGAGGCGUGCAAAAGGGUUGGGCAUGCACGUGAUUGCUCAUGACCCCUAUGCUCCGGCUGAUAGGGCCCGUGCCAUUGGUGUGGAUCUUGUGUCCUUUGAUCAGGCCAUUGCCACUGCAGAUUUCAUCUCCCUCCACAUGCCACUCACUCCAACCACUAACAAGGUCUUCAAUGACGACACUUUUUCAAAGAUGAAGAAGGGAGUUCGGAUCGUCAACGUUGCUAGAGGAGGAGUCAUUGAUGAAGAUGCAUUAGUAAGAGCCCUUGACAGUGGAAUCGUUGCUCAGGCAGCUCUUGAUGUCUUCACCGAGGAGCCUCCUUCCAAAGGUAGUAAGUUAGUGCAACACGAGAAUGUCACUGUUACCCCUCAUCUUGGAGCUAGCACCAAAGAGGCACAGGAGGGUGUAGCUAUUGAAAUAGCAGAGGCUGUGCUAGGAGCGUUGAAAGGGGAGCUCUCAGCAACUGCUGUCAAUGCUCCUAUGGUUGCUCCUGAGGUGCUGUCAGAAUUGGCCCCAUAUGUGGUGCUAGCUGAGAAGCUGGGGAGGCUUGCUGUGCAGUUGGUAUCUGGAGGAAGUGGGAUAAAAUCUGUGAAGGUGGUUUAUCGAUCAGCUAGAGGCCCGGAUGACUUGGACACUAGACUUCUGCGAGCCAUGGUUACAAAGGGCCUCAUUGAACCAAUUUCAAACACCAUUGUGAACCUUGUGAAUGCGGAUUACAUAGCAAAGCAGAAAGGGCUUCGCAUAAGUGAGGAACGAGUGGUUGUUGAUUCAUCUCCUGAGCUGCCUGUUGAUUCAAUCCAGGUACAGAUAUCAAGUGUGGACUCCAAAUUUGCUAGUGCUGUAUCAGAGGGUGGUCACAUCAGCAUAGAUGGAAAAGUGAAGUUUGGAGAACCCCACCUGACAUGUGUGGGGUCUUUCGAUGUGGAUGUGAGCUUAGAAGGGAAUCUAAUCCUGUGCCGACAGGUGGAUCAGCCUGGCAUGAUUGGUCGUGUUGGAAACAUACUUGGUGAACAAAACGUGAAUGUGAGCUUCAUGAGCGUGGGAAGGACAUCUCGUAGGAAGAAGGCAAUCAUGGCUAUUGGUGUUGAUGAGGAACCAAACAAGGAGGCUCUUGAUAAUAUUGGAGCCGUGCCUGCCAUUGAAGAGUUCGUAUUCCUCAAGCUGUAG